UGUUCUCGCCAUUGUCUGUUCUGGAACACAGGCCCAGGAGAAAGGGACUGGCACGGGGACCAAGUGGCACAUGGCACAAGGCAGCCAGAGAAUCAGACAGGAGCCAUCUGGGGAGAUGUGUGGGGUGGCCCAUGGCCUGGCUUCCCCCCAGCUUGCUGCUAGAACAGUCUGAGACAGUUUGAUGUGGACCUCCCACUUGGAGCUCAGGCCCACCAUAGCCCCCAGAGUUAAAUGUGUGUGUGCCUUGGAUAUGCCGAGGAUGGGGGGCUGUCCAUGGGGCUCCUGGAAGAACGACCUACAAAGUAGCUCAAGUAGCAGCACUCUCCCAACCCUGGCUAGGGUUCUGUGGCCGGGCUUGGGUUCAAAUUAAGACACUGCCAUCUGCGGUCUACACAGCUAAUUGCCACAUGACCCCCCUCCCCCUCCACGUCUGUAAAAUAAGAAUAACUGCAGUUACCCCGAAGGAUUAUAUGUGAAAACCCUGGGUAGGAAUAAGGCAUUCAAGAAGGGCACACUCCUGUUCUGCGAGGGUGGUGAACAAUCGCCUGCCACCCGUCACUCCACAGCCAGGGCUCCAUCCUACAUACCUCACGAUGCAAGAUUCCACGCUAAACCCCGGCUGUGGAAAGGAAGGAGGCAGAACUAGAGGUGUCCAUCGACAGGUCCCGCGCGGCCCCGGGUGAGGCCCGCCCGCUCUCCCACCGGCGCCAUGGGAAGGAGCAGGCGCCGCUGCUCUUGCCCCCUGACGGCGCGCGCACGACUUGAGCCCCGCCACGGGCAGCCCCCGGCCGCAGGUCCCCGAGUGACGCUGGCGGCGUCUGGGAGCGUGGCGCGGGGCCGGGGCCACGUAGAGGAACCUAGUGUCCAGUGAAGCCGCCGAGGACCCGCCGCCCCGCCGCCGCCAUGGUUAUGUCCCAGGGCACCUACACGUUCCUCACGUGCUUCGCCGGCUUCUGGCUCAUCUGGGGUCUCAUCGUCCUACUCUGCUGCUUCUGCAGCUUCCUGCGCCGCCGCCUCAAACGGCGCCAGGAGGAGCGACUACGUGAGCAGAACCUCCGCGCCCUCGAGCUGGAGCCCCUCGAGCUGGAGGGCAGUCUGGCGGGAAGCCCCCCGGGCUUGGCACCGCCGCCACCACCGCAGCGCGGCCGCCUCGAGGCGCCAGCGCACGCGCAUCAGCACGUGCACGUCCAUCCGCUGCUGCACCACGGGCCGGCGCAGCCACACGCACACCCGCACGCACACCACCACGCGCUUCCGCACCCGCCGCCUCCGCACCUCGCAGUGCCGCCGCGGCCUUGGAGUUACCCGCGUCAAGCGGAAUCGGACAUGUCCAAGCCACCGUGCUAUGAAGAGGCGGUGCUGAUGGCCGAGCCGCCGCCGCCCUACAGUGAGGUGCUCACGGACACGCGCGGCCUCUACCGCAAGAUCGUCACACCCUUUCUGAGCCGCCGCGACAGCGCGGAGAAACAGGAGCAGCCGCCGCCCAGCUACAAGCCGCUCUUCCUGGACCGGGGCUACACGUCGGCGCUGCACCUGCCCAGCGCCCCGCGGCCCGCGGCCCCCUGCCCUGCGCUCUGUCUGCAGGCGGACCGUGGGCGCCGGGUCUUCCCCAGCUGGACCGACUCGGAACUCAGCAGCCGCGAGCCGCUGGAGCAUGGAGCUUGGCGCCUGCCGGUCUCCAUCCCCUUGUUCGGGAGGACUACAGCCGUAUAGAGGGGGCGCCCGGCGUUCCGGGCCCCACCCGCGGACUCGAGGCCUGACUGCGGGGCUUUUUAAACGCUUCCCUUGGACUGCGGGGAGGGGUGGGGAGGGAGGGAUUUCUUACCCCGUUUGUUACAUUUUGAGGAUAAUAAAGGUGUGUGAUCUGGUUUGGUA